AUGGACGGCCCAAUCACUGAAGCGCUCGGUGCGCACCACCCCUAUUACCCCCUGGGCGUGGCCAUCCCGACAUACGUCGCCAACACCAUGAACGCCGGUGUCUUGGUGUCCAUCUUCGCCGCCGGCUGUGGCGUUAUUUUCGUGCCCACCUAUCUGUUUGCUGUGAAGACCAGGCCGGCCAUUUCCUUUGGCGAGGUGCUCGUUGCAUUCUGGUGGGUUCUUUGCGGCUCUAUUCACCUGACGUUUGAAGGCUACUUCUCCUACAAUCACUUUGACAUGGCCAGCAAAACCGACCUCUAUGGUCAGCUUUGGAAGGAGUACUCCCUCUCCGACUCGCGCUACAUGACCCAAGACCCCUUUGUUGUCUGCAUGGAAACCGUCACCGCCUUCUUCUGGGGCCCUUUGUCCUUCUUCAUCGCCUACGCCACCAUCACGAACCACCCCUGGAGACACCCGCUCCAACUGCUCGUCAGCAUGGGCCAGCUCUAUGGUGAUGUGCUGUACUACGUCAUUUGCUGGUACAAUGAGUAUGUGAAUGGGGUGGCCUACUCCCGUCCUGAGCGUUACUACUACUGGGCUUAUUUUGUGCUGUGCAAUGCCUUUUGGAUUGUCAUUCCGCUGGCUCUGAUGGGAUACAGUGCCAAGACCAUUGCAAAAGUCUUUGAGAAGACCAAGGUUAUGAAUGGCUCUGCGAAGAAGCACCUGUAG